AUGAGACCUGCAAAAUUUGCUGCAGCUGAAGAUAUUGCUCUGGUUCAUACACCAGAGUAUAUUAACUCAAUAAAGCAUACUUGUUCUCUACCCGAUGAUGAUAGGAACGAAUAUGCUUCCAAAAUUUUUGAUGAUGUAUACCUGACUAGGAAGUCAUAUGAGACUGCACUUCUUGCUGCUGGUGCAGUAAUUGAGGUUGCUGAGAAAGUUGUUAAGAAAGAGUUGGACUCUGCUGUUGCAUUGGUAAGACCUCCCGGGCAUCAUGCUGAGGCAGAAACGGCAAUGGGAUUUUGCAUUUUUAACAACGUGGCCGUCGCAACAGCUGUUCUACUGAGAAAAAGGGAAGAGCUGAAUCUGAGCAGAAUAUUAAUUGUGGACUGGGAUGUCCACCAUGGGAAUGGUACCCAGAAAAUGUUGUUGGUGUCACAUAAAACUUCUGGUUCUAAGCUAUUUGGUAUUAGUCUAAGCUUUAGGAUUAGUAUACCAGACACAAACAUGGAAGAAUUUAACAUAAAACUUCAUACGUACGACCCUGAAAACUUUUAUCCCCGAAACAAGGAUGGAUCUCUCUCAAAGAUUGGAGUAGGAACUGCCACAGGAUUCAAUGUAAACGUACCGUUGGAGGAACCGAAUUAUGGCAAUGCGGAUUAUACAGCAAUAUGGGAUCAUAUUUUAAUUCCAGUUACCAUGGGUUUCAACCCUGAUCUCAUUUUCAUAUCUGGAGGAUUCGAUGCAGCUGAAGGAGAUCCUCUCGGUGACUGUACCGUUACUCCAGAUGGAUUUAGCAUGAUGCUGAAGAAGUUAAUGGCUUUUGCGGGAGGAAAAAUCGUCGUUACUUUAGAGGGAGGCUACUCUUUAGAGGCGUUAUCUAUGUCAGUUUGCAUGUCAGUAGAAGCUUUGCUUCAAGGAGUGCCUGAUGAAGAGUUAACCGAAGAUGAUGCUUCCAUGAAGAGUUCAACUUGGCCUCUAAUUGAAAGGAAAAUUGCCAUCUUGAAAACCAGGCUGGGGGCGACCAAAAAAGAGAAUGUAAUGCUUAAGGAUAUCUUUGAUCGGACAGCUAAACAAUUUCUGAAAUUGUCUAGUAGCGGUUCUGGUGAACAGGUGGAGUAA